AUGACUUCGCAUUACGAUAAUAUAUUACCAACAGAUUUCGAAUUCCAACCAGAGCCACAGCCCGGAUGGGAACUGGUGAAAAAACUUUUUAGCCGAACAGGGUACCACUUAUGUAUCGGGGAAGGAGGAGACGUCUACAGCACGAACAGCGAAACAGACAAAUAUGCAAAUCUCGAGCUGAGACCAAUUGAAACGGGAAUUGUGUGCAUCAGAGGAGUGAAAAGCGGUCUUUAUCUUGGUUUCGAUGAGAAAGGAAGACUUAUAGGCAUGAAGUUAAUGGAGGAGGCUUGUCUAUUUCAUGAGCGAAUGAUACCGAGUUACUACAAUGUCUAUCAGUGCAAGAAAUACGAAAAGAAAAAGUGGUACAUCGCAAUAAGCAAACGUGGUCGAGUGAAAAACGGCAAAAGAACAAAAGCUCGCAAGAAACAUUCACAUUUUUUACCGAGGAAGGCAACGUGA